AUGUCUUCCAACUUAACUUUAUGGCCGAAUACUAUCCAUUUCAAUAAGACUUAUAUGAAUUACCGUAUCCAAUGGAACGGUUGGCCUCAAAUAUGUGCAAUCCUUCCCUGGGUUUACAUUCUUCCAAGUUUUCACGUCAUCUGCAAGAUAUUCUCAGUCUACCUAUCGGCUAACUGGACCCGACCGGAGCCAGGAUUGAAUCAACAUGUGUUUCUAGUAAUUUCAUUAUCACAACUCACUGUUUUCAUCUUUUUCUUAUUCGAUUGGCUUAUGGUUCGACUUCCGUCUACCGGGUUGUUCACUUCAUGGUGUGCAUCAAUUGAGCCGAAUCAUUUUUUGAAGUUUAUAUUUAUGAUGGCGUAUUACACAAAUUAUUGUGCGAUGAUUUUUCCGUUUCUGAUGCCUGUGGUGAGGUUGGUGGUGGUCUCGUUUCCAAGGAAUCAUUUUAAGCUCCGAAACUCAUAUUUCUACCUCUACAACACUAUUGCAUGGCUCACACUCGCAAUUCUGGCCAAUAUUCUUCUAUUCUUUAAAGUUGCAAAGGCCAGAGCGCAACUCAUCAGUUUCCAAAAAAGUGCAGUGUCUUACAAAGCGGAAUUAUCGAUUACAAUUACUACUGUAGUUAUGAUACUUUUCUAUGUUAUAAAUGGAGGUUUUAUAAUAAUUUAUGUCCUGUACUAUGGUACAAGUUCCUAUUUCUCGUUUUUGGUUAUCGUGAAAGCGUUUGCAAACGACGCUCAGACUUGUGUUGUCCCGUGGAUAUUCUAUUUGACUCAUCCGGUAUUCAAGAAGAAAGCAAUCAGUGGCGACUUGGUAUUUUCUACGAGUUCAUUCAAGAGAAGGAUUAAUAAUAGUUGA